AUGACCUUGGGGGCGUUGCUAGCCAGUAGCCACACGGGACUAGUCGAGGUUGUCUGUGCCCGUGCUAUCCUCCAGAGAGAGGGAACCAGACUGGGGGCAGACCUUGGGGAGCUGGUGCCCGUGGUCUUGUGCCCUGGGCAGGGUCGGCCAACCUCUCUCCUGGGGGAGGGGAUGGGGAGUAGGGGAACCGUUACGACCAGGUGCCGGUUGGUUUUCCUCUCCACAAGCCAGGGAGAGGACAUGUUCUGGGCUGUGGACUCUGUUAACUUUGUCAUCGACGUAGGACUGGAGAAAAGAUAUGUGUAUCAUCCCAGGAUAAGGGCCAACUCUGAAGUACUACGAUCCAUCAGCAGAUACCAGGCAGAUAUCAGGAAGCAGCUGACUGGACCGACAGGUACUGAUAUCAGGAAGCAGCUGACUGGACCGAUAGGUACUGAUAUCAGGAAGCAGCUGACUGGACCGACAGGUACUGAUAUCAGGAAGCAGCUGACUGGACCGAUAGGUACUGAUAUCAGGAAGCAGCUGACUGGACCGACAGGUACUGAUAUCAGGAAGCAGCUGACUGGACCGACAGGUACUGAUAUCAGGAAGCAGCUGACUGGACCAACAGGUACUGAUAUCAGGAAGCAGCUGACUGGACCGACAGGUACUGAUAUCAGGAAGCAGCUGACUGGACCGACAGGUACUGAUAUCAGGAAGCAGCUGACUGGACCGACAGGUACGGAUGUCAGGAAGCAGAUGACUGGACCGACAGGUACGGAUGUCAGGAAGCAGAUGACUGGACCGACAGGUACUGAUAUCAGGAAGCAGCUGACUGGACAGACAGGUACUGAUAUCAGGAAGCAGCUGACUGGACCGACAGGUACUGAUAUCAGGAAGCAGCUGACUGGACCGACAGGGAAGUGUUUCUGCCUGUACCCUGAGGAGAGAGUACUCCCCGUAGAGACAUCCCCUCAGAUCCUGGACACCAACCUCACCUUCACCAUCCUCUUCCUCAAGAGGAUGGAGAUCGCAGGGCUGAGACACUGUGACUUCAUCACCAGACCAGAUCCAGAGGGUCUGAUGCAGUCGCUAGAGGAGCUGGAUUACCUCGCGGCAUUGGACGACGAUGGGAACCUAUCAGAGAUCGGGAUCAUAAUCUCUGAGUUGCCAUUGGACGCUCAGAUGGCCAAGGCUCUGCUGGCGUCCUGUGAGUUUGAUUGUGUGAACGAGGUGGUGACCAUCUCAGCUAUGCUAUCAGCGCCAAGCUGCUUCCUGGAGCCACCUGUUGGCAGGACCCAAGAGGUACAACAGUGUCACAGAAAGUUCCGGCACCCUGAGGGAGACCACUUCACCCUCAUCAACAUCUACAACGCCUUCAAGUACAGCCAGAGAGAGACAUACUUCAGCGUAGAGAAGUGGUGUCAGGACUACCAUCUGAACCACCGCGCCCUUCAGACGGCAGACGCCAUCAGGUCAGAGUUGACUGACAUCCUGAAGAGAAUAGAGCUGCCCAUCUCUGAGACGUCCUUCGGAACCAAGAUCAACACACUCAACAUCAAGAGAGCUCUGCUGGCAGGGUUCUUCAUGCAGAUUGCCCGUGAUGUGGAUGGUUCAGGAAACUACUUCAUGUUGACCAACAGACACAUGGCUCAGGUCCACCCUGCCUCCAGCUAUGGGGCCAAGGCACAUCAAUUGGGUUUUCCAGAGUGGGUGCUGUUCCAUGAGUAUACUCUCUCGGGAAACCACGGUAUCCGGACAGUCUCUGAAAUCUCCCCUGCAGUGUUCAUCCAGACAGCUCCUCAGUAUUUCUAUUCCAACCUGCCUCCUAGUGAGAGUAAAGACCUACUACAGCACAUUCUGGACCAGGACGGAUCUGGACGUAAAGACAAGCAACAGACCCUGACCAUCAACAGUAAAGCGGAUAAGGACUGCAGUACAGUGGCCCAGUCUUAUGACAGAUGUGUACUACAGUGACCUCUGGUGGAGAGCUUCAGCACUGCACCGACUUUUACUGAAAAGACAAUCAUCGUUGAUUAGAACAGCUUCUCGGGGGACACCCAGACUUUUCACAAUGUUGUUGUUGCCCUGAACUAUGUCACCUGACUCAGUGAUUAGAUGAAUCAGGUGUGAGCUGUGGAAUAGUUCACAUAUGGAACAGCUGGGGGGGGGGGGGGUUCGGGUGGGUGUCCCCCCGAGGAGUAUUUUUGAAAACCCCCUGGGUUACAUCAACUUCCAAAUGACUGACUUGCCGUAUACUAUUGUUCAUAUCUUUAAUUCAGUCAGGUGGUAACUGCCUUGGUAAUUUGAUAUUACAGUAAAUAAUUAGCCAAUAUUCUAAUUAUUAUUAUUAUUAAUUAUUCUAAUAAGAGUAUCAACCCAAUAAAUGAAUCCAGAUCAUCAAA